AUGUCAGAAACAAAAAUGAAAAAUAUAAUUUUAUUAUUGCUUUUACUAUCACUAGUCACAAUUGUCAAUUCAAUUUUUUUACAAAAAAUUCAUCCUCAAGAAUAUUCUUUACAACUUGAUAAUAAUGCUUUCACAGUUUCAAGAACCAUAACAGAUUGUAGUAAAAGUGAAGAUAUUCUUCAAAUUGAAUAUAUUAAUUUGAAACCUGAUCCACCAGCCAAAGGAAAACCACUCUUUGUUGAUGCUGCUGGAUUCUUAAAGGAAACAAUCUUGAACGGUAGUUAUGUUGAUGUGGUUGUUAAACUUGGUUCAGUCAAUAUUUUUGAUGAAAGAAUGGACUUGUGCGAAAAAUCAGCCGAAUAUGCAGAAAUAAAUUGUCCAAUCAAGAAAGGUCAUCGUGAAUUACACCGUGAAUUUGAAAUACCCAACGCUAUUCUCCCGGGAACUUAUAUUGCCGAUAUUAAUGCAUAUACAUCUGACGGCCGUAAAAUUAUGCAUGUAAAAACUUCACAUUUAUAG